CAGCAGUGGGUUGGAUCUGUGUUUGACUCUUGGUCUUUGGGGAGCAGAUUAGAAGGAAGACAGAGAUUGGAUUAGGUUGAUGUGAGUGUAAAUGUAAAACAUGUUGGAAAGGUCCUGUGUUCUGCUUGAGCAAAUAUAGACUUGGUGAAUUGUGUAAAAAAAAAAGAAGGAAAAAUAUGAGGAAGGGAAAGAUAGAAAUGAUUGGGAAGAAAAUCUCCUGAGAAAAGUGAAAAAAUAAAUCACUAAGGGAAAGCGACAUCCUGAGGAGGAAAAUGGGAAGAAGCAGCCAGCUUAGAGUAUGUGGGUGUUUCAGACAAAAUGUGUGUGUUUGUUAGAGAGUGGUGGAAGCUCAUUACACUAAUGCACUGGUUCAUAAGGGAGUUGGCAAGCUUGGAGUACCCCCCUCCCAUCCCCUCUCUCUCUUAUCACCCCCUCCUCUUCCAGCAAAUGCUACGUAUAUUACAGAGUCUGGGACCCUUGCCUACCUUCUUUCUGUCAAACACACAAACACACAUUGAUGCACACACAGCUACCUGCAGGCAUGUCAUGCUGCCGUCCUUGCUGCGUAUCACACAAGAGAACUACAUGUCCUGUGCUCGCUGCUGGAUAUUUCGGCACAGAGUGUUUCGGUGAAAAAGAGAAGAAGGGGUCAUGAUGUGUGCAAGGAUAAGUAGAUAGAACUUUUUUAUCAUGUAGGAACUCAAAGGGGACCAUGGUUAUGUUGAAGAUCUCUGCUUUCCUUAUUGCCUACGCCCUGGUCAUCUGUCAGAUGUACUGCUCACAAGCCGCCCCUGCAAGACCAGGAUUAGACUCCAUGUCAGACCGAGUCACGCUCACGGACUACGAGGCUCGAAGGUUACUGAACGCCAUCGUCAAGGAGUUUGUGCAGAUGACGGCAGAGGAGCUGGAACAGCAGGCGACUGAGGGAAACAGCAUGGACAGACCCCUAACCAAGCGCUGUUCCAACCUCAGCACUUGUGUCCUGGGCAAACUGUCUCAAGAGCUGCACAAGUUGCAGACGUUCCCCCGCACGAACGUGGGAGCAGGAACACCCGGCAAGAAGCGCAGUGCUCCUGAGAGGGACAGCUAUGCAGGCUACGGCGAGUCGUUUGACGGCGUCUAAACCCCUCUUCUUACCCUCUCUUCUCUCUAUUAAUUUAUCCUCCCUAUCUUCCUCUAUGUAUCCCGUUUUCUCCUUGCAUUUUUUUCAUUCUGGCAAGUGCAUGCUAACUUUGACAUGAAAAGAACUUGACUUUUUCUUUUUGUACCUUUCCUGCAUUUUUUUCCCCCAACCUGUUUUCUACUCCGUUUUUUUGGCAGAGAAUAAAUUGUUGAUCUUAUCUCAGACAAUCAGACUUAAUUUACACAGCUGUGAUUUAAGAUAUCAGAAAAAUCGUCUUUGUGUAGUGGUAUUUGAUGAAAUCUGAAAGAGAGAUCACUUAAUGUAACCAUUAAUAAAUUAUCCACUCAUGCGACACCAUGUUUGUUGUUCAAUAAACGUAUUUUUCUACCAGGAAGACGUAACUCAUUUCGUUUUUAAAGCCUUGUGCACACACAAUGAACAAAAUUAUUAAAAUAUAAAAUACAUUAAGGUGCCUUGAGAUCUGUUAAAGAAGACGUCAGGAAGUUUAGAGGUAAGGAAAUGUGUGUUGUGCUUGGUUGUAAUUAGCUGUGUCCAUGUUUUUUUGGUGUUAAUCUAUAUAAAUGUAACAUGCCUUAACCUUAACCGCCUUUUCCUGUC